AUGUUCUCUAAACGAAACUCUCGGAAGCCCGACCAAAAUUUCAUUAGUCACUUCCAGAGCAUGUUCGCAGAUCUCGUGUCGAAACCAAGGGGCAUGACAUUGAAUCAGGAUGCAUGCGAUCCAAUGCCCCGGACGGUUGCCGACGAGGUAGGCCGCGACGCCAACCCGGGAACGAAGAGUCACGAUCAUAACGUCAACCUCGACUGCAUUUCAUGGGUUCUACGAGAUUCUGACCCCUCAUUCUCGUGCUUGAAUCCGCAGUCACUAUCGCUGGUACCCGACCUCAAUCAGCACCAGACGGCUAACGACGUGGGUUCUACCGGAGUGGGCGCCAUCCUCCACGACCGGGCUAGAGACUUCGAGCCGCAUUACAAGCCGCAGGAUCCAUAUCAAGCUCCAAGCAAUGGCUUAUAUUCUCAACAGCCGGUUAAUGCAUCACCUAAGGCAUUCCACCGUGAUUCCGGCUAUGAAACCAUGGAUAGAUCCUCCGAAGAGUUGUCCAUCAACAACUUCAGCACCCACGCCGAUUCGAAUUACAGCAUGGCUUCCUCUACUUAUAUGAAUGACUCUAUAGAAAUAUUACCUGGCGAAAAAUUCCGAUACAACGUCUCGCUGCUGGCCCCAACCGCAAUGUUUAAUCCGGCCAAGGAAGACCCGGUCACAUAUCUCAACAAGGGCCAACAAUAUUCCCUCGUCAUUAAAGACACCAAUCUACCCUCUGUGGGCUCUGGCUUGGUCAGGUACCGCACCUGCGUUCGCGUAUCUUUCGAAGACAAAGAGCAAAGAUCGAACCCGACCGCAUACUGGCAAUUAUGGAACGAUGGUCGGGCCAAAUAUGAGGCUCCUCAUCGCGACGGAAAGUUCACCGCUGUGGAAUAUGUGGAUGGGCCCCAGAACAGCGGCGUGGACCUCGAAAAUGCUUCUUUUGAUGGAUUCUGCAUCACAUGGGCAGCAUAUCCAAAUAUGGAAACCUCCGACUGCGUUUUCGGUGUGCGGUUCAAUUUCCUGUCGACCGAUUUCAGUCACUCGAAAGGCGUGAAAGGCGCAUCGGUCCGACUAUGUGUGAAGACGGAGACUUUAUCCCCGAAUGAGGGCGUCGAGCAUGAGCCAGAGGUAUGCUUCUGCAAAUUGAAGCUGUUUCGGGACCACGGUGCUGAGCGGAAGCUAUCUAAUGAUGUCGCGCACCUCAAUAAGGCGAUUGAGAAGCUCCAAAAACAAGUGCUCCAGGCGGAAAUGGAUGGCGGCUCGACCUCAGGAAAGCGAGGAAAUCAUCCUAUGAAGAUUGCGAAGCGCUCCCGCAAGCAUUCACGGCAAUUGUCUUGGUCAUCAUCGAGACAUCUGAAAGGCGACCUCCACACCGAGAUAGAUUCACUGCAACGCAUGUUCUCCUCGGCACGACUUACGAGCAAUCUUAAUCUGCGGGGUGAGGACCAUGAUGAUCCUGAUCUCCACCCCAUUCAUCUUGGACUCAACAAACCCAGGGAUGCAAGAUCUCGGAGUACAGAUGAUGCGUAUCCUGCAGAGUCAAUUGCAGCCGUCUCGACCGCUCCCCAAAGAAAUGGCAGCGUGGCUUCAGCCCUAGCGGGCAUGCGGCUAGCCCAGUUUGAGGACUUGGAUCAGUCUAUUUGUCCAGCUAUAGCCAAGCAAGUGUCAGAGGUGAAAAAUUCGAAAAGUACCAUAAAGGCCGUUGAUGUCGACGUGAAUUACAGACCACCAGACAGUCAGCCCAAGUCGGCCGCUGAUCCUAUCAAAGUUGCCUGUUUUUACGUCCGGUUUAUCAGAAAUGGAAAGCAUGUCUGUGAUUACCACCAUGCAAUAUAUCUCACUGAGCGCACAGUUCCGGAACUGAUGGAAAAGAUUUCAGCGAAGCAAAAUAUCGACCCCAGGAGCAUUGCUCGCAUUUAUCACAUGAACGAGAAUGGUCUCAGGGUCAUUGUUGAUGACGAUAUAGUGCGAGAACUCCCCGAGGGGCAGGAUAUGGAAGUGGAAAUCUCCGAGGUGUUGGGUGUCUAUGGAAAUACCGGGGGCAUGGAUUCCGAUACCACGGAACCUUUGGAAAUCAAAUUAACCUACUGA